GUGGCCCCCGCUCCGGCUCCUCCCCAUUUCCCGCACCUCGCCCCUCCCCACGCUUCGUCCCGCAGCCCCGCAGCCCAGCCGCGACGCGGCUGACUCGGACUCCCUGGGUUCAAGCUUGUGAAGAGCUGGGUGGGGAGUUUGGACUUUGCAGUGAAGGCAGCAUCCCUGCCGGCUGGGACCUGGCGGAGGGCGUCCCCACUCCAGGGGGAGCAGAGGACUCGCCCUGACCUAGCCUGGCCUAGCCUAGUCCUGCCAGGCCUGAGCGCCCCGCCCAGGAGCCGGCUCUGAGGCCGGGGCUACCGGGGUCCCAGAGCGUGGCGUCAUGGACAAGAUCCUGGAGGCGGUGGUGACGUCCUCGUACCCCGCGAGUGUGAAGCAGGGGCUGGUGCGGCGUGUGCUGGAGGCGGCGCGGCAGCCGCUGGAGCGGGAGCAGUGCCUGGCGCUGCUGGCGCUGGGCACGCGCCUCUACGUGGGCGGAGCUGACGAGCUGCCGCGUCGCGUGGGCUGUCAGCUGCUGCACGUGGCCGGCCGCCACCACCCCGACGUCUUCGCUGAGUUUUUCAGCGCGCGCCGCGUGCUUCGCCUGCUGCAGGGGGGCGCCGGUCCGCCGGGCCCCCGCGCGCUCGCCUGCGUGCAGCUCGGCCUGCAGCUGUUACCUGAGGGCCCCGCAGCCGACGAGGUGUUCGCGCUGCUGCGACGGGAGGUGCUGCGCACCGUGUGCGAGCGCCCGGGGCCCGCGGUCUGCGCGCAGGUGGCGCGGCUGCUGGCACGACACCCGCGCUGCGUCCCCGAAGGCCCGCACCGGCUGCUCUUCUGCCAGCAGCUGGUGCGUUGCCUCGGCCGCUUCCGCUGCCCGGCGGAGGGCGAGGAGGGCGCUGUGGAGUUCCUGGAGCAGGCCCAGCAGGUGAGCGGGCUCCUGGCGCAGUUGUGGCGGGCCCAGCCUGCCGCCAUCCUGCCUUGCUUGAAGGAGCUGUUCGCCGUCAUUUCCUGCACAGAGGAGGAGCCGCCUUCUAGUGCCCUGGCCAGUGUGGUCCAGCACCUACCGUUGGAGCUUAUGGAUGGUGUCGUCCGGAACCUCAGCAAUGAUGACAGUGUGACAGAUUCUCAGAUGCUGACUGCCAUCAGCAGGAUGAUUGACUGGGUGUCAUGGCCCCUGGGGAAGAAUAUUGACAAGUGGAUCAUUGCACUGUUGAAGGGCUUGGCCGCUGUUAAGAAGUUCAGCAUCUUGAUUGAGGUUUCACUCGCCAAAAUUGAGAAGGUUUUCUCCAAGCUUCUGUAUCCCAUUGUCCGGGGAGCUGCCUUGUCUGUCCUCAAGUACAUGCUCCUGACCUUCCAGCACUCCCAUGAGGCCUUCCACUUGCUCCUCCCUCACAUCCCCACCAUGGUGGCCUCUCUGGUCAAGGAGGACUCCAACUCGGGGACCAGCUGCCUGGAGCAGCUGGCGGAGCUGGUCCACUGCAUGGUCUUCCGGUUCCCGGGUUUCCCAGAUCUCUAUGAGCCUGUCAUGGAGGCCAUUAAGGAUCUCCAUGUUCCCAAUGAGGACCGCAUCAAGCAGCUGCUGGGGCAGGAUGCCUGGACCUCGCAGAAGAGUGAGCUGGCUGGUUUCUACCCCCGGCUAAUGGCCAAGUCAGACACGGGCAAGAUUGGUUUAAUCAAUCUGGGCAACACAUGCUACGUGAACAGCAUCCUUCAGGCCUUAUUCAUGGCUUCUGACUUUAGACACUGUGUGCUCAGACUGACGGAGAACAACUCCCAGCCCCUGAUGACCAAGCUGCAGUGGCUCUUUGCCUUCCUAGAGCACAGCCAGCGGCCUGCCAUCUCUCCAGAGAACUUUCUCUCUGCAUCCUGGACACCCUGGUUCAGCCCCGGCACCCAGCAGGACUGCUCAGAGUACCUAAAGUACCUGCUGGAUCGGCUGCACGAAGAGGAGAAAACGGGGACAAGGAUCUGCCAAAAGCUCAAGCAGUCCAGCUUGCCGUCCCCUCCGGAGGAGCCCCCCAGCCCAAGUCCCACCUCUGUGGAGAAGAUGUUCGGAGGCAAGAUUGUGACUCGCAUACGCUGCCUCCGCUGCCUCAACGUCUCCUCCAGAGAGGAGGCCUUCACGGACCUCUCUCUUGCUUUCCCCCCUACUGAGCGCUGUCGCCGCCGCCGCCUGGGCUCGGUGAUGCUCCCUGCAGAGGACAUAGGUGGCCGGGAACCCCCGGCAUCCUCCCAAGCCCAGGUUCCAAGCAGGGUUGGUCCUCGGAGGCAGAGGAAACACUGUGUCACGGGGGACGCCCCCACCUCUGUCCUGGACGUGGAAGGCCUGGGCCGCCAGGGACCUGGGGGGCCGAGCCGUGGGGAGGAGAAGGUGGAGAGGGAGGAGCAAGCAGAGGACCAGCAGGUCCUGGUGGAAAGGACCCAAGAGGAGGAGGAGGAAGAGGAGAAAGAGAAAGAGGAGGAGGAAGAAAAGGCAGAGAAGGAGAAGGAGGCUGAGACCACGAAGGAGAAGGAAGAGGACAGCCCGGGGCCAGGGACCCACCGGGGUGCCUCUGCCUCCACGCCCGCCGGAGAGGGCUCCCGCUCCGUCCUGGACCUGGUCAACUACUUCCUGUGCCCCGAAAGGCUGACGGCCGAGAACCGCUACUACUGCGAGCCAUGUGCCUCGCUGCAGGACGCCGAGAAGGCGGUGGAGCUGAGCCAGGGGCCGCGCUACCUCAUCCUGACCCUGCUGCGCUUCUCCUUCGACCUGCGCACCAUGCGCCGCCGCAAGAUCCUGGACGACGUCUCCAUCCCCUUGCUGCUCCGCCUGCCGCUGGCGGGGGGCCGGGGCCAGGCCUACGACCUCUGCAGCGUCGUCGUGCACUCCGGAGUGUCCUCGGAGAGCGGCCACUACUACUGCUAUGCCCGGGAGGGCGCCGCCCGCCCGGCCCCCUUGCCGGGCGCCGCAGACAGGCCCGAGCCCGAGAACCAGUGGUACCUGUUCAACGACACUCGGGUGUCCUUCUCCUCCUUUGAGUCUGUCAGCAACGUCACCUCCUUCUUCCCCAAGGACACGGCCUACGUCCUCUUUUACCGGCAGCGGCCCGGGGAGGGGCCCGAGGCCGAGCCUGGCUCUCCCAGAGGCCGUGCGGAGCCCACGCUCCACAAAGAUUUGAUGGAGGCCAUUUCCAAAGACAACAUCCUUUACCUGCAGGAACAGGAGAAGGAGGCCCGAAGCAGGGCGGCCUACAUCUCUGCGCUCCCGGCCUCUCCGCACUGGGGGAGGGGCUUCGACGAAGACAAGGAUGAGGACGAAGGCUCACCAGGAGGCUGCAGUCCUGCAGGUGGCAGUGGUGGUGACUUCCACAGACUGGUCUUCUAACGUGGACCCUGCCCCAGCCGGCUCCCACCUGCGGGGGGCGCCGCAGCCCACUGCAGGGAGGCCUUGAUCCUCUCCCUCAGGGAACUGGGUGGGGACCGAGGCAGAGGCGCUCUGCCAGGUGGGGUCUGAGCGAGGCUGUGGAGGCAGGUCCAGCCUUGAAGACAGGCCCCCCUCCCAAGGGCAGGGAAGGUGGAGAGGAAGCUUCUGGGAUGCCACUCCUCAGCCUGGAGGGUGCAGAGACUCAGAUACAGAGGUGAGAGCCAAGCCCCUGACCCUGGGCCUCAGGCCCCGAUCCUGGGAUCAGCCCCAUUAAGAUUUCUCACCCAAGUGUCCUGGUCAACUUGAAGCAGCUUAGAUGGACACUCUCUGGGCCUUGUCCCCCUGUUCCCACAGCAGGCUACGUGCCGGGGCUGACUUCACAGCUACAGUGUUUUGCCAUCAAGUAGCAUAGCCCUCCUUGCUCCCUUCAGACAAUCCUAUUGCUCUCUAGUAUAAAAAGCAGAGCAGGGUCGGGGCCACCUUCUGGGUUCUCUGAGGGGGUUCCAGAGGCUCCUGCUGGGGUUGCCCACAGCCUUGGUACUUCUUUGAGGGGAGUGCAGGUGGGAAGCAGCCUGGCACGGGGUCAGAGACUGUGCAUAGAGGGGACAGUCCCUACCCUUUCUCCCCUAGCCUGCCUCAGUGCCUGAGAUGCCACCACCUGCAUCCCCUUUCUGGUUACGAUAAUCUUACUCUACUGCAGCUAUGUUUGCGUUUCUCACGAAGCCAUCGUUGGACCUGAGGAAAGCUGGCUGGCUCAGCUCCUCAUCUGUGGGCAUGCGAGCCAUGGCCUCGGGGCUGCUGGGGGUGGUUUGGUGAGGAGCAGAUAUUGACCUCAUGUGCCCUGACACUGCUGUACCCUUCUACACAGAGAGAAGAGACUCAGGGUCUCAAAUGGGAAUAAAAAUAGGUUCUCCGAA